GCCCGGCCAGGUUGGGCGCAGCAGCUGGAGCAGCAGCAGCAGCAGCAGCAGCAUAACCCGGCGGGAGAGCUGGAUGGCUGGGGGGGCCAUGGGUCCCGACAGGACACCCCUGGAAGGCUGCCAUCUUUUGGGACCACCCUCUUCAUGGCGUGAACCGCGAAAAGCGGCCUGGACCGGACGAUCCACUUUGAUCGAGUGAGACGGGGACGUUCUGGGGAGAGAAACAGAAAAAAAUGGUCGGAAAGCUGAAGCAGAACCUCCUGCUGGCCUGCCUGGUGAUCAGUUCGGCGACGGUUUUCUACCUGGGUCAGCACGCCAUGGAGUGCCACCACCGGAUCGAGGAGCGGAGCCCGCCAGCCCGGCCGGAGCCGUCUCCGGCGACGGAGUCCAAACCCGGCUGGGGUUUCCGAGCCAACACGAGCGCUCUUGCUUAUCACAAAGACAUGCCUUUGAUAUUUAUUGGGGGUGUGCCCCGGAGCGGGACCACCUUGAUGCGGGCUAUGCUGGAUGCCCACCCAGACAUCCGUUGCGGGGAAGAGACCCGGGUGAUCCCUCGGAUCCUGGCCGUCAAGCAGAUGUGGGCCCGCUCGAGCAAGGAGAAGCUGCGUCUCGACGAGGCCGGCGUCACGGACGAGGUCUUAGAUUCGGCCAUGCAGGCCUUCCUGCUGGAGAUUAUUGUGAAACACGGGGAACUGGCCCCGUACUUGUGCAACAAGGACCCUUUUGCCCUCAAAUCGUUGACCUACCUGGCUCGGAUCUUCCCCAAUGCCAAGUUUGUCUUGAUGAUCCGGGACGGCCGGGCCUCCGUGCAUUCCAUGAUCUCCAGAAAGGUCACGAUUGCCGGCUUCGACCUUGGCAGCUACCGGGACUGCCUGACUAAAUGGAACCGGGCCAUCGAAACCAUGUACAACCAAUGUUUGGAAGUGGGCCAGGGUCGCUGCAUGAUGGUGCACUACGAACAACUGGUUUUGCACCCGGAAUGGUGGCUGCGGAUGCUUCUGAAGUUCCUCCACAUCCCCUGGCACCCGGCGGUCUUGCACCACGAGGAGAUGAUCGGGAAAGCCGGAGGGGUCUCUCUUUCCAAAGUCGAGCGAUCCACGGACCAGGUCAUCAAACCCGUCAACCUGGAGGCCUUGUCGAAGUGGGUCGGCCAAAUCCCUGCUGACGUGCUCCACGACAUGCCAGUGAUCGCACCGAUGCUGGCGAAACUUGGCUACGACCCGUACGCCAACCCUCCCAACUACGGGAAGCCGGAUCAGAAAGUCCUCGAGAACACAAAAAGGGUAUAUAAAGGGGAAUUUCAACUUCCUGAGUUCCUUAAAGGAGCGCCACAGACCAACGCUGUGAAAUAGAAGAGAAAAGUGUGCGACCGAAUGAAUGUUGGCUGCCUUUUUAAAGAAAAUGAUGAAAUCCGCGAGGAACCUGCUGGGCUGCUUUUAUCUUAAUAUUUUCCUGUGGUCUUGGUUUUUGUUUUUUUAAAAAGGUUGUGUGUCUCUUUUUCUGUGGUUUUGUUUGUUCUAACUUGAAAACUUUGGUGUCUUCAUUUUUGUGCCGCUGGCUCGGGCGCCAUCCUAGGUAAAGGACUGAGAGCUGUUCUGUGUGAGGGAUUGCAAGAUCAGGGCAUUACGGCGCGCAUGAUCCAUUGAAAAACCUCCCUGUGGCUAAGCCUCUAUUGUCAGCAGAAUGCCUUCUUCUGUGCCUUUGAUAGAUUUCUACAAUAUUUACACAAGAGAGGUUACUGGUGGAUUUUGAGACCAAAACCAUCACCACAAAAUUCCUCAGAUAAUGGCUAGAAAUAUUUUCCACCCCCAGAAAUGCAGAAGGCAGCUGUGUUUGGGCUGAGCUGGCAAUGAAUUUUUCUGCCUUGCUUCCCUCACCUCCCCCCCAAUCUUUCGUUCUUGCACUUUAGUUAUGAUGAGGGUAGAUUAAAACAAGAACAACAGGAUUCUUGCGAUAGAUUUGGGAUGUGAAAAGUUGGAAAGCAGUUUUCUUAGACAGGUGCAGGAAACCUUGGAUCUCCAGAAAUUUUGGACUGCAACAGCCACCAUCACCGACUGGUUGAAGUGCAAAGCAAAUAUCAUCCCCCACUGCUUUCAGGUUGGCUCACUUUGUCCCUCUGGACCUCAUGUGGGCAGUGAGCUAUGACCACACUAGUGCCCAUGGCACAUGGAAGGUGGCCCUCCAGAGGUUGUUAGACUCCAAAUCCCAUCAGGCCUUGCUGAUUUCUAGCUCAGUGGUUUAGGCCUGUUGGGAGUUCGAUUCCACGCUUGGCCUCCCUUACAGAGGCUGGACUUGAUGACCUAUAGGGAUGCCUCCCACCUCCGUAUUUCUAAGAUGAUGAUGAUGAAAAUUCUGUAGGGAGUUCGAUUCCCCACUUGGCCUCCCUGACAGAGGCUGGACUUGAUGAUCUUAUAGGGUCCCUUCCAGCUCUGAAGUUCUAAGGUGAUGAUGACGGCAGAGUUGUGGACUAUAUGUGCUCCAUCCUUGAGGUCAUCCAAUAUAGGCUUGCCAAGAAGAGAAUGGGUCGUGAUCAGAUGAUGGACAGAGAGGGAGGCAGGGAUUAUCUCCCACUCUCUCCAAAAGUGAGAAUAGGGCAGUGGUUUCCAACCUUGGGUCCCCAGAUGUUCUUGGACUUCAACUCCCAGAAGCCUUUACUGCUGGCUAUGCUGGCCAGCAAUUCUGGGAGUUGUAGUCCAAGAACAUCUGGGGGCCUAACAUCGAGAGAAUGUAAAAGCUAUUUGCACGGAUUAUCUGCCAGGGGUUAUGUGCCCAGGCCAGAUCCAGGAGAGAUCUGUAUCCAUCCUAUAUAUUGUCUGGGGUGGUUUCCUUUGCCCCACGCGCUCCCUUUUCCUACACGUUGCUCACUUGCUUCAGUCGACCCCCUACCCAGGAGGGAAUCCUCCAGCGGCAACAUGGAACAGAAGGGCCACCCUGCAGCGGUUCCCUCCUCUACCUCCAGCUGGCUGUCAUCCUUGUACGCACCAGUUCAGAAAUCAGUUAUGACAACCAGUUAUACAAAAAUACAGCCGGAUGGAGUAUGAAGACCACUGCACAGUUCCCUUGGUGCACACCAAUUUCUGUGACAAGGUCCGUGGUGCGGACAUUUUGCCUCUGUGCAUUUUUUUUUUUGCUUUGCCUGGAUCAGAUCGGAAAUUUGUGUUCUUUUUAAAUUUUGUGGAGAGUUGUGUCUGGGUCUGUUUCCUUCUCUCUCUUUCUGUCUCCCCCCCUCCAGUUUUAGUGACAUUUGAACCUGAUCGUGAUUUAAUUAUUUAAAGAAAUGAUUUCUGAGAGGUGGAGAAGAAGGCUUGUAUGUUUACAAUCCAACAACCUUUUGUAUUUUAUUUUUCAAAAUAAAUUCAUUUAAAAAAAUA